AUGUCUCUUUCUGUCUUUAUCCCCCUCUUUUCUUUUUCUAUCUGUCAAUCACACCUUUUCUCUUCUUUCUGCCUUAGUCUCUCCUUCUAUCUUUUCAUUCUCAUCAUUCAUCUUUGUCUCAUUUUCUUUCUGUACCUUUGUUUAGCUCUCCCUCUGUUGCUCUCUUUAUUACUCCAUCCUCUUUAUCUAUCUAUCUAUCUAUCUAUCUAUCUAUCUAUCUAUCUAUCUAUCUAUCUAUCUAUCUAUCAUUUUUCUCUGUCUUUAAUCUCUCUCAUUUUUUUUGUAUCCUGCUUUCUCCUUCCUUCCCUUCCUUUGCUUAUUUUAAUCUAUAUUUUAUUCCUAUUUUUAUCUUUCCUAUGUCAAUCUCUAUCUCUGUUCUUUCAUCAUGCUUUUCCCCCUUUUUCUCUUUCAUCUCUCUGUUUCUCACUGUUGUCCUUUCUCUCUCUUUGCCAGUCCUUCCUUAUAACUUUCUAUCUCCCUUUCUCUUUCUUUCACCAUUAUCCACUCUCUAACUUUCUGUUAUUCUAUCUCCUACUUUCUUUAUUUACUAUUUCUCUGCUUGUAUCUCACUUCACCAAUUUUCCAAUCUCCCAAUUACUUUCUUUUUUUUUUCUCUUUUGUCUUUCUGCAACCUGUUCCCCUUUCUUUAAUUUUCUUCACUUUGUUUUCUUUCUAUCAAUCACUUUCACUUCUCUCUCACCUUAUUAA